AAGUAUUUCGUUUACCGUGGAGUGUAGUCGUAUCUAACGUAUAGAUACAUUCGGAGCAAAAAAGUGUUGUCAGAUUUUUUAUAGUUACAUUUUAUAGUAAGAUAUCAAAGACCUUUUGAGGUGUUAAAAGUUCGUGAAAGAAUUUAGGACUGAAGGAAAAAUGAGCACCAUAGACCCCGCAGUCGCUCAGGAGCUAGAAUCCUUAUCGCGUCAUCGCGCGAUCGACGAGGCCAUAGCGCGCGGCGACUCGGCGGUGCAGGAGUUUUACAAAGAUGCAGUUAUCUUCAUCACCGGCGGCUCUGGGUUCCUCGGGAAGCAGCUUAUUGAGAAGCUCUUUAGGUCAUGCGAUAUCAAACGCGUAUAUCUUCUACUUCGCGAGAAAAAGGGACAGACUUCACAGGAGCGAAUUACUAAGAUCUUUCAAGAUCCUGUAUUCGAGAUCCUGCACAAGCGCAAGCCCGGCUUCGUGUCGCGCGUGACGCCGGUCAACGGCGACAUCACGCAACUGCGCAUGGCGAUUAGCGACCAGGACUGGUAUACCAUGGCCAAUGAGGUGACCGUCAUCUUCCAUGCGGCGGCGACUAUCACUUUCGAUGAGCCACUACGAGUGGCGACCAGAACAAACGUACGAGGGACCAUGCAGGCGUUACUGCUGGGAAAGGACUGCAAGAAGCUCAAAUCUUUCGUGCACGUAUCCACGGCGUACGCACACGCCACCCACAGCCGCAUCGGGGGCUCCGUCAGAGAGGACUUCUACGACAGCCCCGGGGAUCCCCGUACCAUGGUGGACCUCGUCGAGCAGCUGAGUGAGGAGAAGCUAGCCGCCAUUAAACCUAAGUUGAUCGAGGACUGGCCUAACACCUACGCCUACACCAAAGCGCUGGCCGAGGAGGCUGUGAGGACCAUGGCAGGGGACCUGCCCAUCUGCAUCGUCAGACCCGCCAUAGUAAUAGCAUCGAACUUGGAACCUAACCCUGGCUGGGUUGACAUGAGCAGUGUCUAUGGACCUAGUGGGCUCCUCCUAGGCUCCGGUCUUGGCGUCAUGCAUACCUUCAUGGCCGAAGACCGUGCUAAAGUCGACCUAAUUCCCGUGGACUAUGUCAAUAAUGCUACCAUUGUAGCUGGCUGGGCCACGGCAGAACGCCGCAAGAACGGACAGAAGGAUAUAAAGAUAUAUACAAUCUCACCCGCUAGGAACCCUAUUACAUGGCGUGAAAUAAUGAAUAUAAUGUUUACGAAAGUCUACUACUGCGCGAGCUCGCCGAAAGCGGUGUGGUACACAUUCGUACACCACACCAGCAAAUUCUGGGUGUUCUGGAUCCUAACUUGGCUGUUGCACUUCAUCCCUGGAUAUCUGGCGGACGGGGUUCUAACGAUGCUUGGCAAGAAACCUAAAGCGAUGAAAUUAUACCGUUUGGCGUUCAACCUAUCUUCCGUGUUGGCUUAUUUUACCUGCCAUGAGUUCCAUUUCAAGGACGAUAAUCUCGUGAAAUUAAACAACAGUUUAUCCAAAACAGAUCAAGACCUGUACAACUUCGACGUGGAGAAGAUGGACUGGACGCAGCAAAUGGUCACGUGGGCCAUCGGCUUGAGGAAAUACAUCGUCAAGGACGGCCUUAAGGACACUGAGUACGCAGUCAGGAAGCAAGGGGUACUCCGGGUGUUGAGCUACGUAGUCGGCGUACUGUAUCUCUACGCGAUAUACAAGCUGCUGACUUUAGUCUGUUGGUUCGUUUGUCUGUUUGUUGCUAUGUUUUAAAUAAAUAACGGGUUUAAAA